AUGUCGAGCUUCGACCCGCGCUCGCCAGGUUAUUAUGACACAACGACGUAUUCGUCUAUCUCGCAUGACUCUGAUUCUGACACCCCCCGUGCAUCUACGGAUUCAUCUGCCUCCCCAGGCCUCCUCCGACGCGUUGCAUUCAGUCCCCCUCCCCGCUCUGAAACUAGCUUCGAAGGUCAUGGUCACGACGACAGUUUCGGAGAACAUGCUGAAGUCGAAGCAGUUCUCACCGAUUUUGACCUUGACGCCGAGAUUAAUGCUACCCAGGACACCGUCUCCCAAUGGUCCUCUUCCCGACCGUCCUACACGUCCUUUAGUACGUCUACUCCGUACAGUGGUACAGGAUCCUACACUGGCACUUCUGCUUCGCACUCUGCGGACACCGCAACAGCAACAGGAACUUAUUUCACACGCGACCCUCGAGUCCUGAGUACCAUCUCAGAACGCACCGAGCACCCCAGCCGACCGACUUCCUUUGCCCAGAACCGUCUUUCUGCACACCGCCUAAGCACAAUAUCCAACCCGCAUGCUCGAUCAGCUAUUGAAUCCCCUGUAAAUGCCAACAGACUUAGUACGCAUUCCCAGGGACAUGCACGCGGUGCCACAGAUCUUCCCACAACUAGCCGUCGCACGGGUGACCUUAUCGCAUUCUUCGAGGACCGCGCAGGUACCCCCAGCAAAGAAAAGGAGAGAAACACCAGUCCAUUUUUACCUACAACCCAGAGUACGCCCCAUUUAGGGAGUACCACGGGGUACACCUCAACUGGAUACGGCUAUACCACGGGAUUCACUUCGACUGGGUACGGAUAUACCACAGGAACGGGGACAGGUGGCUAUACAACUACGGGCUACACCACAUCCCGCCCCUCCUCUGUCACUAAAAGCAGGUCCGACGAUUCGCGUUCCACAGUCUCGACUUCUUCAGGUGGGGGUGGGACUGACCUGAGCUUGUCGAGUUUGUUAAGUCCACCAGUACGCGGAUUUGGCACCCCAACCGGGACGUAUAGUGGCAGUGGGGCAGCGACAGGGAGGACACAGCUAAGCCCAAGCGAUUUUGCGAGUACGUUUUCGAGUGCAUUUGGGGUUGCUAGGGACAGACAAGAUGAUACUACCCCCACGCGCCAGACACAGACCGCCCUCCGUCGCAGCACCGCUCCUCUGAACGAGGUCAACACGAGCCCCAGAAGCCCAUUAACGAGCGUACGGAACAUCGUAGCUGCGUGGAAGGAACGCACGCCAGGACUAGGGAAAGUGAAGAGUGAGAGCAGUGAAGGUGGGAGCGAGCUGUCUCCUCCUGGGGCAUCAAAGAUGGAGGGUUUGUUCUCUCUUCGUAGACGCGCAUCGCGGCAGGGACCGCGGGGACAGCCGCCAGUGACGCCUGAUAGGAACGGUGGGAAGGGCAAUGUAGGAGGCACCAGCAGAAACAGGGAAAACGAAGGAAUCACUAGCAGUGGAAACAAUGUCAUAAGGAGGAGAGUGAGCUCUACGAGCAGCCUCAUACCCCCGCCUUUUGAUAUGACAGAUAUGGGGGCAAGAGAGAACCGGGAGCCCAUUCGCAUCGGUACCCUCUGGUAUCUCAAUGUACAUUCCCCAACGCCUUACCUCUGGCAAAAAUGCUCCGCACUGCUCUACCCGCACGUGCUUAUCCUUUCUUGGAGUGCCCCUGGGGGUGGUCGGGGCGUAGUGAGCUUAGACCUGAUUAAUUGUACAGAAGUGAGGAGCACCCCUGGCUUUACACACCCUGGAGCGAGGGGCGAUGUUGGGGGAGAUGAGUGCAGCAGCGCAGAUGGUGUGAGUCUCGUGGAAAUAUUGUGUCCGUUCCAGUUGUUGUAUAGUGAUGGUGUUGAGCGACUUGCGGCGGAGAGUGCGAGGGAGAGGGUGAGGUGGGUAAGUGCGAUUUGGGAAGCACUAGACCGCUCCUUAUCGCUCCCCAAUCGCUCCCAAUCCGGUUCGCCCACAGGCAGCAUAGGCACCAUCCACUCUGUGGCCUCUACCACAUCUACGUCUGCCGGGAGUAGGAGUACUGUGUUCGUACCUCCGCUCCAUACGAUCCCGAGUCUGUCGGAUUUGGGGAGUGAUUCGGGGGGGCUAAGUCUGAGUGCCAGUAGGGUGCCCAGUCGAUGGGCGUUCGCGAACACCGUUCUCGUCGAGCGACAGCCGGUCGAGAACGCCAUACUCCUAUUCGUCCAGCGGAUACACGAGUGGCAGUUACGCUCCCGUUGGAGACGGCGGUAUGGUGCAUACUCUACGAGCGAGGAGCCAUCUGAUAGGGAGUAUUCUGCAACGACGAGGUCGACACUGAGCGGAUGGACGAGGAGCAGGACGCCUACAACGACAACGGAGGGAUUUUUAGCUGUGGAGGAGAGGGAGAGCAGUGGAAGUGAGGGGUACACCACAGCCCACGCGUCGCCCAGCCCGAGCACUGCGUCAUUUAAGAGCCUUCCAACGAUCCCAAGCGAGUCAGAUUACCAGACGUUGGACACGUGCAAGACUUGCGUGAGCUCGGAGUUCGUAACUGCGGAGCGGUGCGCGAGUGACGUGGAGACAGACUAUGUGACAGCCGAGAAGUGCAAGACCGAGACCGAAACGGAUUUCUGGACAGCGGAAGUGUGCAAGAGUGACAAGGAGGAGACGCAGUAUGAGACGGCGAGUGUGUGUCUUACGAUCCCGAGCGAAGAGGGGUUGAGCACGCCGAGGUCGGGAUUGGCUGUGGAGCUUCCUGCUGAUGAGCCCAUUGACGAGCCCACUGAAGCGCCCAUUGAAGCUCCCAUUGACGUGACCAUUGAUAUACCCAUCGACGUCCCAAUUGGCGAGCCCAUUGGCGUACUCGUUGAAGUACCCACUGACGAGCCCAUUGACGUGCUCAUUGACGUGCCCAUCGACAUGCCCAUCGACAUGCCCAUUGAAGCGCCCGUUGAAGCGCCCAUUGACAUGCCCGUUGAAGCACCCAUUGACGUGACCAUUGAAGCGCCCAUCGACGAGCCCAUCGACUUGCACGAGGAAGACGAAGUGGACGUGGAUCUACCGCCCACACCCCCGCCAAAGGCACCGAGCGAAGUUCCCAGUAUCAUUUCUGAGGAACCAGUGCCGGAGGUGUCGAUCACGCCUGAGGCUGUCACUGCACAGGAAGAGAUCGCAGAGGACAGCCUGCUGGAGAGCGCCCCGCCUACCACCCAGGCGCCCGAGACACCGACCCCCAUCGUCAGUUUCCACACCGACUCGACAUUCUCCUACACCGAGAGCGAUCUGAGUCCUGCGCACCCAGAACUUGACACGUCUGUCUCGAGUUUGACAGAGUCGAGCGAGCCUUUCGUCAUCGCGUCACCUCGAACCGUACAGACUCCAGUUCUCUCGAUAUCUGACCAUGACGAAGAGGCAGUCACGCCGUCUGUGCACCCAUCUCAAUGGCCUUCUGAGACGGACGUGUCGUUUGAUUCGUCUGCACUGCAGCCUACCCCUAGUAUACAGAGUGCCGCGUUGCAGGAGGGUAUCGAUGGCAGCUUUGAGACAUCAUUUAUGCGCCCGAGCAUAUCGCCGCUGAGCAGUAUUGCGAGGCUAACGCCUAUCACAGAGACUAUUUCUUCCCUUACACCGUCUCCUAGGCAGAUGUUUCACCCACUUGAGUUGGUAUCUUCGCCAUCCAGUGGACCGACUCCGUUGACAAUGUCGACGAGCGCAUCGAGUUCACUGUCAAGGACCGCGUCCACCGUGAGUGGUGUGUCGAGUAUCGCGAUUGAAGCGGAGGAGGAAGAUGCAGUGAGUGUCAGAGCUGCCAGUGAUAUUUCGACGGUGCCGACCCUGCUGUCGACGAUAAGUCAGGAGUCGGUGCGAUAUAUGCCAAUGCCCUCCCCGCGGACUGUGCCUCUCCCGGUAUCCCCUGUCCCUACUUCGGUGUCGAUGAGUGUGAGUGUCACGACACCGCACGAUGAUAUUCCUUCCAUCCAUUCUGUCCUCGAGACGGAGCACACGCGCACGCACACUGAACAAACUAUCACGCACGAUAUUGACCGUCUUCUUCACCAUAUCCAAGAGAUUGACCAGUUCCGCGGCCAGGAAACGCAGGAGAUCGCAGAGAAUUACGUCCGUACGACGCUCGUCGUGGAGAGAUCCCCACCUGUGCCAACUAGAGACACAUCUGUCGGGGCCAGCAGCGUGCUCUCGACGCCAAGAGGACCGCGCCCGAGGCCAGGUAUCACCCUUGUUGAGAUUUCGCCCAGUUCGGUCAUGUCGUUCUUGUCCUCACAUCACUCGGAUGAUGAUUUAAGUCUGUUGGAAACAGAAUUGGAAGCGGAGACUGUGGAACGCUCAUAUUCGGUCUCUAGGGAGCCAUCUUGGCCCUCGUCAUCAUCCCCAUCCUCAUCCUCGGUCACACCAUCUGAAACUUCCUCGAGUGAGCCGUCCCCUGGUCCCAGCUUGUCAGCGACGUCUUCGUCAUCACCGACCCCUCCACCCUCAUCACCUACACCUUCGACGGCGUCGACCACCACUGUGCGGCAGCGCGAUAGCAUUACGAUUGAGACGCUGAGAGACAUGCUGAUCUCACUGAGAGAGCAAACGACUGCCCUUUGGGAGGGCCAGGUGUCAACAAACCAUAUGCUGGACGAGUUGCGCGAGACACGCUCAGGUCCUCUGGACACUACGGAGUUUAAUGACCGGUUUCGGGCCAUCGAGGUUCUUUUGCGUCAACUCAUCGAUAGACGGGUCGAGACUGAACGACCUGUCCACAUUCAGCCACCGUCAGAGUCUAUUUCUGAUGUCGGCACAGAUGUAGACGCAGAAGAUUUCCAGCAACGCUGGCAGGAUUGGACGCGGCUCCUGAGGGACCGCGUCCCUCUUGCUGCACCCCAGCCACGCAGAGCUCGUGGAAAUCUUGAUGAUGAGCUGCUUGCGCUAUUGCAGGCACCCCCGCCCCAAGUGCCUAUAGGCGUCCAGCCACCUCCAGCAUUGAUCCCCUUCGCUUACCAACCUGCAGUACGUCCUCCAAGGUCAAGGAGUACCAGUCCUAUAUUGCGGCCCGGAACGUUCCCGAUUGCCACAGAGCCAGUGCUGUUCUCGCCCGAGAUUCAACACCCACCUAUCCACCGUCGUACUCGACCUCGCCCUGACGGUCGAAGACUGCGCGACCGACCCGCAACUGAGCCUGAGACAGUAUUUCCUGGUGCACCUAGGCCGCCUACUCAGCAACCGGUGCCACCACCCGGAGAUUUUUCCGAUCCCAGACCUCCACCCCGGCGAACUAAUAUUCCUCCUCCUAUGCCAAUCGACUUGCACGGAAGACCUCCAAGCGCACCUGCUAACCUUGAACCCAGUGACGACAUUCGCGAGCCUCAAACCUGGUACCGUCCCCCAAGAUCACAGGGCUUAGGCAUGCCUCCUCCGCCUGUUAUCCCUGGUCAACAAGGUGGUCGCCAAUACGUGCCAAUGCCUCCGGGACCAGAACAUCGUCUCGCCCAACUUGCGACGGUGGACCAACAACGAGAAUUGAUGAGGUACAUGAGAGGCCUGAAUGAAUGGCUUGAAAGGGACGUGCAGGACCGUCAAGCAGAAUUGCGGGGGCUCAGAAAUGAUCUUGCACGACUAGGAUUAGGGAUGCAGCCUGGCGUGCAACCACCAGGUGUGCAACCACCAGGUGUGCAACCACUAGGUGUGCAUCCAGGUCAUGGAGUAAUGCCUGUUGGACCUGUCCCUCCUCCAUUUGUCUUUCCCGGACCCCUUGGAUUCGUUCCUGCGGGAGUCCCAGAGCCUCCCGUCAUUCCCACCUAUGAUGGUUCUCCUCAACCGGGCCAAUAUACUCCUUUCAUACCCGAUGAACCCCCACGGCGCUGGCCGCAGGGCAUGCCAGAACCUCAACAUUACCCUCCAGGUGCGCAAGGACCAGUACUCCCUGGUGGUUAUGAUGGUUACCCCCAACCACCACAUGGCGAGCGGUACGAGCGUCCCCCUGGCGAUGAAGAUGAAAGAUUUUUUCCCACAAGUCCUCACUCGGGUUCUAGCGAUGCUGUGCUCCCCACGAGACCAUUGCCAGCACAUACAAUCGUAGUUCAACAGAGUGAUGCUGAAGGGAGUGAGACUAGUACGGAUACCCAACAGACCUAUGCGCAUCCCAACGUACACCAUGUACAACACCCUCCGGAGGAUCACAUGGCACCAGGAUAUCAGCAAGAUAUCCCUGACGUAGUACAUUCCGGGGAGCAUACACACAGCCAUGGAAGCCCUCGGCCCCAGGAUAUCAAUAUCAAUGUGCGUCCACAACCGACUCCACCCCCCCAACCGGAGCCUCCAUAUGGAUUCGCAGGGAUACCACCGCCACCCGUGUUUGGAGGGCCUGAUCCCGGACCCAUGUUUGCAGGGCCUGGUUCCGGACCCGUGAUAAUUCACCCACCUUUUGAACCAGCACCCAGACCCAGGUCCAGGUCCAGAUCUAGUUCCGGGAGAGGAGGCCCAGUGGUCAUACAACAAAGCCCUCCGUCUGGCCCUGUCGUCGCCAGAUCUCCCACUCGCCAAGAAUUUGGUGUUCCUUCAGGUGGCGGCCCUGGCGGUCCAGUAGUGAUGUUACCUGGUAGCGUGGGACACGUUGAUCGUUCACGAUCUCGAUCUCGGUCACCUCGUCGACAUCCUUAUUCUCCUGAUUAUGAUUACCCAAGACAUUGGGAUGACCGUCGACGCCGAUACUACUCACCUGAAUAUGGCCCCCAUCGCCGGCUGCGUGAUUAUUACUCGCGAUCGCCAUCACCUCGACGAGGAGACGAGAGACACCCCGAUUCGCCCUCUCCCGCACGUUCGGAAGAAAGAGACUCAAGCAGGAGGGACGAUCGCUCAACGACUCACAGGGCUCCCACGCAGGCGGAUGCACCUGGUCGUAGCCAUCACACCCCUAGUCGCAGACAUUCAAGUGUUGAAGGGGACCCUGGCCGCAGAGGUCCCAGUUAUGACGAAGGCGGUCACCUACCGACUCACAGAUCUCCCACUCAUCGUGGCCAUCACACACCUAGUCAUGGCAUCCCUCCUUCUCCGCGGUUUGAGGAUGCUCCGCGGUCACCAACUGUCAUCAGGAUUGAACAACCAGAGCGAACGCAUCCUGAAUCACACACCGGCCGAUCAGUGAUCAUGGCUCCGCACUUUUCACCAGGACGUCCGCUGAGCCCCGCUAGUGAUCUUCGACAUCAACUGCGUCAUUCCCCUGAUGUAUACAUUCCAACUGUCCAUCCCUCACAUUCAAUACCUCAUGUAAGAGACGAUGAUGUACGGUCACGAUCGCACGCAGGAGGUAUGCCAGCCGCUAUUGAACAGGAUGAUGGAAACCGCCAGGAGAGCGAGAUGGUUCAUAUCCCGCCGCCUAGUCAUGGACAACCGCCAGAUCAUGAUCCUCAUGUGCACUUUGACCCAACGACUACCGGAUUUGAUGAAGCCCUUAAUCGGCGGCACGAACGACUGGACGAAGUAGAACGUGAACUUAACCAGGUCGUCCAAGGCGCUCAUGAAGCUGAAGACCGUCGUGAAGCAGAGUUCCGAGACAGUGAAGAACACAGAGAGCAAAUCUUCCUCCAGAACGAACAACGUCGUGAUGAUGAGACAAGACAACGCGGUGACGAACUAUUUGCUGAACUGGAAGAGAGAGCGCGCAGUGUACCCCCCUCUACCGGGGAUAAUGCUUCCAUCAUCGAAUCAAUUCACGCAGCUUCUCAUGAGGCGGCUUCUCGCCAUGCCGAUGACAUUUUGGAGACGGUUCGACUUGAGCGCGAGCAGUCUGCUCGCGAAAGGGAGUCUUUUAUAUCCGAGAGGGAGCAGGAACGUGCUGAAUUUGCCGCCGAGCGCGCUCGCAUGGAUGAAGAGCGCGAUCGAAGGGUUCAUGACCUGGAGGAAGAGCUUGCGCGUGUUCGUGGGGAGCUUGACAGCGAAAGACAGCUACGACAGACUGAGAACGAGGAACGGGCGGCUGCUAAUGAACGUGACGAAGGCAUGCACGCGCAAUUGAGUGACAUCACACAGCUAGUUUCGGAGCAACGCGACGAGU